CCUUCUCUCGGUGAGCUUGACACGGAGCGGAGGGUCUCCUCGGUCUGUAGCUGUCUCCGCUGUUUCUCUUCAUUUUCCACCGAAAAAUCAUUCACCGUUUCUCUUCAUCAUGGAGGCCGCUGUCCGCCUCAUUCCCGCCGUCACGCUCGUCCUGUUGUCCUGUUUUCCCGCGGCGGGGUCCUCGCGCAGGGACGUGCUCGAGCUCGGGGACGCGGACUUCGACUACCUGGCAACGGAGCACGAGACUAUGCUGAUCAAAUUCUAUGCUCCAUGGUGUGGUCACUGUAAGAAGUUAGCUCCAGAGUUUGACAGAGCAGCGACUCGACUGAAGGGCACCGUGCAGCUAGCUAAGGUGGACUGUACGGCUCAUUCAGAGACCUGUGCCCGUUUCGGCGUGUCUGGCUAUCCCACUCUCAAGAUCUUCAGGAACGGAAAAGACUCUGCCCCCUAUGACGGUCCUCGCACCCCAGAUGGGAUCUAUCAGUACAUGAAGAAGCAGACCGGUCCAGACUCAGUUCUCCUGAAGACUGAAGAACACCUGCACACAUUCAUGGACCACUACGACGCCAGCAUCAUCGGUGUGUUUUCAGGUGCAGACAGCCCUCGUCUGUCAGAGUUUGUGCGAGCUGCAGGUCUCCUGAGAGACCAGUUCAGAUUUGCUCAUAGUGUAGAGCUGAAGCUGGGGGAGAAAUACGGGGUGAACUCUGAGGGUGUGUUAUUGUUCAGACCUCCCAGACUGGCCAAUAAAUUUGAGGACAGUGUCGUCGUCUUCAAAGAUUAUCUGACCAUCGGAUCUCUCAGACGCUUCAUCAGAGAUAACGUCUAUGGUUUAUGCCCUCACAUGACUGCGGAGAACAGAGAUCGUCUGAGAGUACGAGACCUGCUGACAGCGUACUACGACCUCGACUUCCAUCACAACAGCCGAGGGUCCAACUACUGGAGGAACAGGGUGAUGAAAGUUGCAUCUAAAUACAGUGGGCGGGGCCUGACAUUCUCAGUGGCCAAUAAGAAGGACUUCCUGUCUGAGUUGGAGGAGGACUUUGGCCUUGGCACGUCAGACGGAGGAGAGCUGCCGUUCGUCACGAUCCGGACCAAAAUGGGCCACAAGUACACCAUGAGAGAGGAGUUCACGAGGGACGGUCAGUCGUUGGAGAGGUUUCUCGAUGAUUACUUCUCAGGUCUUCUCAAACGUUACGUGAAGUCUGAACCUGUACCUGAAAGAAACUCUGCGUCUGUCAAGGUUGUGGUUGCUGAGUCGUUUGAUCAGGUGGUCAAUGAUCCAGAUAAAGAUGUUCUGAUACAGUUCUACUCUACUUCCUGUCCACACUGUAAGAAACUGGAGCUGGUCUACAGGGAGCUGGCUGACACGCUGCUCUCUAAUAAGAAAAUGGUCAUUGCAAAGAUGAAUGCAGUGGAGAACGAUGUUCCAUCGGGCUAUGACGUCCAGGGAUUUCCAACCAUUUACUUUGCUCCUGUGGGCAGAAAGGACGAGCCAAUCAGAUAUGAGGGUGCUCGGGAGCUCAAAGGCUUCCUGAAAUUUCUGAAGCGUGAGACGAGCCACAGUCUGGUGGAUGGCGGGUCAAAGGAUGAACUGUGACCAAUUCUCAACCACCAAUCAGGUCUAACCACCUGGUCUCCA